AUGGCCAAUGUCACAGCCGAAGAGCUGCAGCCCAAGAAGGCGACUUGGCUCGCCUAUCUUGAUGAUGCCAACGAAGAGAAUGUGAUUCACAAGCAAAUCUACAAGAUGAUCAACGCGCAGCAGACGCGGUUGAUCCUUGAUCUCAACGCCAUGCGUCAAAAGAACCCUGAACUGGCUGCCCUGUGUCUGAGCGACCCGCUUCUGGACAUUCGGGCUGGUCAGAUGGCUUUGCGCGAACUGGUUGAGGUGGCUGAUGCCGCUUACGCCAAGCGACAAGACGGGGCCUUCAACUUGGGAUUUGAGGGUGCAUUUGGCAGUCACCAUGUAACCCCCCGUGGCCUCUCUGCCAACCUCUUGGGUACCAUGGUCUGCGUCGAAGGCAUUGUGUCCAAAUGCUCGCUCAUCCAUCCCAAGGUUGUCAAAUCGGUGCACUAUUGCCCCAAAACCAAGGCCUCCCUCGAACGAACCUACCGCGAUGCUACUUCCAUUGAUGGCCUACCAACCUUUGGCCUCUACCCUCGUGAGGACGAAGACGGCAACGUGCUCGUGACAGAAUUUGGCCUCAGCGUAUACAAAAAUCACCAGCGCCUCACCAUCCAAGAAAUGCCGGAACGCGCGCCCACUGGCCAGCUUCCCCGUUCAGUCGAAAUUAUUCUCGACAACGACCUCACUGAUGCCUGCAAGCCCGGUGACCGCGUACAAAUCAUGGGCCUGUAUCGUGCCAUGCCCAACAAGGCGGGCGGCAGUACCACCGGCGUCUUUCGCACGGUUAUGUUGGCCAACAACGUGGUCAUUCUAGGCAAAAAGGAUCAAGAGCUAGACCUGACCGACGACGAAAAGGUCCAGAUUCAGGACAUUGCCACCUAUGAAGACCAAGAGUCGGGAGAUCGCGUCUUUGAACUCCUCUCGCGCUCCUUGGCUCCCUCCAUUUAUGGCCACCGCGAAAUCAAGCAGGGCAUCCUCUGCCUCUUGCUUGGUGGCGUUGAACGCAACCUACGACGUGGAGGUCAUAUCCGCGGUGAUGUAAACGUUCUUCUUGUGGGUGAUCCUUCAUGUGGCAAAUCGCAAAUGUUGCGUUUCGUCCACAACCUGGCACCCCAUUGCAUCACCACCACGGGCCGUGGCUCCUCGGGUGUCGGUUUGACAGCCGCUGUCACCACGGACCAGGACACGGGCGAGCGCCGCCUGGAAGCGGGCGCCAUGGUUCUCGCUGACCGCGGCAUUGUGUGCAUUGACGAGUUUGACAAAAUGUCCGAUGCUGAUCGUGUCUCGAUCCACGAAGUCAUGGAACAGCAAACCGUGACCAUUGCCAAGGCUGGCAUCCAUACCUCUUUAAACGCCCGCUGUUCGGUCUUGGCAGCCGCCAACCCCGUAUAUGGACAGUAUAACCCCUUUCAGUCACCUACUGAUAACAUUGGUCUUCCCGACUCGCUUCUCUCCCGUUUUGAUCUCCUCUUCAUCGUUCUGGACAAGAUGCAGCCCGAACUGGACGAUCGUUUGGCCUCACACGUGCUCAGCUCGCACCUCUACCGCAAGCCUGGAGAGGAAGCAGGCGAGGCCCUCGUCAUGGAAACAGCCGCCGACGUUGUCAUUGCCGAAGUGCCCGAGGAGAAGACUGAGGAGACACCUUCGCAAUGGAGCGAGCGGCAGAUCGAUGGUUAUAAAAUCCUGAGCACUCAAUUCGUCCGCAAGUACAUCAAGUUUGCUUCGCAACUGCAACCUGUGCUGAGCCCCGAGGCCGCCAAUGCAAUUGCGGAAGCUUAUGCUGACCUGCGCAGCAAGGAACUUGAAUCCAAGACCUUACCCGUCACUGCCCGUACUCUCGAAACGAUGAUUCGCCUUUCCACCGCCCACGCAAAGGCGCGUUUGUCAAAGAACGUUGAACUAGUGGACACUGACAAAGCCUGUAGCUUGAUCAACUUUGCCUACUUUAACGAAGCUACUCCGCGAGCUCGCCCUACGGGAUCGCAUGCCAAUCCUGGCCCCACCGGCGAUGGCGACAGUGACGACGACGAUGAUAUGAAUGGAUCAAACGGAGCCCCACCGGCCGGUUCGGCAGGCACCCCAAGCUCACGUCGUACACCUCAGCGACGCAGCACCUCCAAGCGCCCGGCAAACGACGAUGACGCCGGCGAGGACGAUACCGCGGGCGAUGCCCCCGACGCCUCUGCUAGUCGUACGGCUUUUGCACGUCGCCGACGCCCGGGUACUGCAGACGAAGGCCCCGUCAAGGUGACAGAUCCCUUUGACUUUGAUGAUGCGGCCAGCUCGCCCGCCAAGCUUAGCAAGCGCAGCAAGCUGGAAACGCCGACACGUGCCGGCGCGACUGCAUCGGGCACAGCUGAUGCGGCAACCGAGGCCGACCAGGACAAUGUUGCAGAUACAGAUAUGGCUGAGGCUAGCCCUGGAUUGUCUGCAAGCGAGCUCAAGCGGCUACGUGAUGGCAUUCGCGCCGUGUUUACACGUUUGCGUGUGGGCAACAUGUCCGUGGAUACGUUGCUGCAAGAGAUUCGCAAGAUGUUGCCAGAGGUGGACAUGGCAGCCCUGACAGAGGGUAUUGUCAGUAUGGAGACUGAUUCGAUUGUCAUGCGAAGCGACAACCACAUCUUUUGGAUUUAGAUGGUACCAUCAUCAAACUUGGUCAUGAUUUGAGUUGUGCACUUGAUUUUGGGAUUGAGGUUUGGGUGAAUGUGCGUAAAGCGAUGCAGAUGAUUGCAGUAUGUGCAGGAAUGGCAUGACUUGUCACUUGGAAGUCGAAUUGAAUGAGUUUUGCUGGUCUUUAGCAUCAGAGAGAGUUUGGCGCAGCAGGUCAAAGCCGUAUCGGAGCUCAGCCCCGGGCCAAUCAGGACGCACAGUGUGACAAAGAGUGCGACAAAGCGCGCAGGAAAAAAAAAAUAAGAAGAAAGAAUCAAGAGGAAGAAGGGGUAGAUCUUAGAGCCAAUGCAUCGGGGAGAGAACGGAGGGGAAAGAAGCCGACGCUUGAAUACCAGAAUGGCAAGCAAGCAAGAGCUUUGAUGAUUCAGGCCUGCAUCUGACUCUGGCGGAGAUCAUCUGAUGAUGUCGCGAAGCAGCGCGAGGCCACUUUAGCGACACGGCAGGCAUGAGAAAGCCUGAGAACGCCUUGGCGGACAGAUGGCUUAAUAGGCGCCACGGACAUCCGAAUGCUCGUCGGGCAACGUCACGACAAUGCCGUCGUUUUCCUUGGUCAAGAUACACUGGCAACCGAGGCGCGACCUGUCCAUGGUCCGCGCCCAUAUCGAUGAUGGCGGGGGAGGAGAAAAUGGAAGGCAAGGAUGCAAAACCGACGACAAAAGACAAAAUGAGU